GCCGGCCCUACCCCGACGCCGCGUCUCCCCUGGGCCAUGACCCGGGACAGCCCGGGCGGGGGCCCGCCCCCAGGGGGGCGGCUGUCUCCCCGCAAGGCCCCGGCGCCGCCCGCCGGCAGCCCGGCCCAGCACGACGAGCACAAGCGGGAGCUGGAGGCGCUGCGGGCCGAGCUGGACGGGGAGCGGCUGCGCUCGCAGGAGAGCCGGCGCCGCUUCGCCGCUGAGGCCCGCGAGCUGCGGGAGGCGGCCGAGCGCGACCGCCAGCUGCUGGCCGACCAGCUCCGCUCCAAGUGGGAGCAGCAGCGGGCCCGGGAGCUGCACCAGCUGCGGGAGCUGAGCCUGCGGGAGCGGGAGGCCGAGAUCCGCCAGCUCCUCCGCUGGAAGGACGCCGAGCUGCGCCAGGCCCAGGAGCUGCUCCAGCGGGAGCGGGACGCCGCCGUGCGGCAGGCCCGGGACCUGCAGCGGCAGCUGGCCGAGGAGCUGGUGAGCCGGGGCUACAGCAGCACCCGGGGCUGCCCCGCGGGGCUGAACAGCGAGUGCCGCGGCAAGCUGCAGGAGGUGCUGGGCAAGCUGCGCUGGGAGACCGAUGGCGACCAGGCCGCCCGCAUCCGCCACCUCAGGGCCGAGCUGGAGCUGGAGCGGAGCCUCUUCCUCAAGUACAUCCUGGAGCGGUUCGAGGGCGAGCAGCAGCCCGCCGGCUCCCCGCACAGGGCCCGGCACGGCCCGCAGCCCCGCCUCAGCAGGAGCCUCCUGGAAGGGCCGAGGCCCCGCUCCUUGGAAAGCCUCAUCGCCGCCGCCGCCUCCCCGGAUGGAGGAGCCGCCAGGUCUCGCUCGCUGGACAGCAGCCUAGCCAAGCCCGAGUCUUCGCAGGCAGGGGACCAGGCCCCGCUGGAGGGGAGCCCCCCGCAGAGCCCCUGCCCGGGGCAGCAGCCGGCCCAAAAGGCCUUGGAAGAAGAUGCCCACCCGCAGGAAGGAGCUGCCAAGGAGCUCCCCCUGAAGCCCACCAGUAAGGAGGGGCCCCUGGAGUGCUUGGACUCGCCUCCUGAAGGGAAGAUGGGCAGCUGGGGGUCUGCAGGAGAGGGUGGCACCCAGGCAGUGGGACAGCAGCAGGACUGGCUCUCCGGCAGCAGUUACAGCCAGCUGGUGAAGCACAACACCGACCUGCUAAGUGCCCUGGAGGAUCUAGAGCGGCGAUGCACAGCCCUUAAGGAAGAGAACGGCCUUCUGAGGAGGAGCAGCUUCCCCGAGAUGCAGGAGAAGGUGAAGCGGCUCAAGAGGAAAAAUGCAGAUCUGGCCAUCAUUGCCAAGCGAUUGGAAGAGAGAGCCGGGAAACUCCAGGAGUCCAGCCUCAAGGUGGUCAAUGCCCCAAUGCCAGUAUCCCUCAAAGGCUCCAGUGUGGAACUGUGCAAGAAAGCAUUUGCCCGGCAGCGGGCUAAAGACCUGAGCGAACAAGCUAGCAUCCUUCUGGCCAAAGAUAAACAGAUAGAAGCCUUGCAGAGAGAGUGUUGGGAGCUGCAGGCCAAACUGGCCACAGGCAAGGAGGGCUCCUGCUGGCUCAAUUUAAGUGACUUUGAUAGUUUGUUGCGGGAGUCUCAGAAAGAAGUAUUACGAUUACAGAGACAGAUCACACUGAAGAACCUGAAAGAGUCUCUACAGUCGUCCAAAAUGGGUCCAGACAUUUCUUCUCCAGCUGCUACCGUGUGCCUAAUACAGAAAACACUUGCACCAAACACUGAUGCAAGCUUAGAUGGUUCAUCUUUGCCAAAACAGACACCACCAGGAUCAAUCAUUUUGCCAAAGGAUAUUAAGCCAGUAGUACUAGCUUUGGGAAAUGUGUCUGAGGAACAUGAAAACAUCCCUUUAAAAACAGACCCAGAUAGCAAAAAUCAAAUACAGCAUUUGGAAGUAGAGCUUAGUAAGAAAUUUAAGCAGUGUGAAAACCUUGAACAAGAAAUGGAGAAAAAACAGAAAAAAUGUAAAGAGUUGGAAAUGCAGCUUCAGGAGGUGCUGACUGAAAAUGCCAGAAUGGCUGAGGAAAAUGCUCAACUCAGUGAGAAAACUAAAUGGACAGAAAAGGUUGAAGCUGAAAAUGCUGAUCUGAAAGUGAAAUUAGUGGGUGUGACAGAGGAGUGGAAUUCUGCUGUCCAGUUGACCAAAGGACUUCAAACCAAGGUGGAGGAUUUAGAGCAUGUACUGAAGGACAUGAAAGAAAUGGCAGAGAGAAGGCAACAGCUGGAGGUUGACCAUGAGGAAACACUGUUCGCACUGCAGAAGAAAGACGAGGAGGUCAAAUAUUUGCAGCAGGCCCAGGUAGAAACAAAAAGGGAACAUGAAGAGGUAGUACAGCUAUUAGAAGCCCAGGUGAGAGAAUUGGAGAAUCAGUAUCACAGUCAAACUGAACAUUUUAAUCUUCUGUCUCAGGAACUCGAACGAUUACAAAUAAAAAAUUCUGACCUUGUGACUUCAGACUUGCCACACGCUACGUGCUGUUCCUCAGAAGACUGCCAUGCUCUUCAGUGCAGUAAGAAUAUUAAUGAUGUAGACUUUGUAUCCACUUCUGCUGCUUUUAAGAAGCAAAGCAAGAAACUGGAGGUCCAGUCAAACUCCUCAAAAUCAGAAUCCACACAGUACAGUCCUAAGUCCUGCCCCACUCCAGAGAGGGAUAGUGCAAGUGAGAUGGAUGAAUUGGAGACAGACAAAUUUUCCCUAAUCUUGGAGCCUGAGAGACAAGGUCCUGCAAAACUUCAAGUGUUUUUAGCUCGAUACAGCUAUGAUCCCUUUGAUGGUCCUAAUAAGAACCCUGAGGCAGAGCUUCCACUGACAGCUGGAGAAUACAUUUAUAUCUAUGGAGAGAUGGAUGAGGAUGGCUUCUUCGAAGGAGAGCUGAUGGAUGGCAGAAGAGGGCUGGUUCCCUCUAAUUUGAUAGAAGAAGUUUCAGAUGAUGACCUCAUGACCUUUGUGCCUCCAAAGACAAGUGACCUCUCCCAUACUUCAGAUCAUGAAAUGAGUUUCCUCAGCAGAAGUGCUAGUAGUGGAGAAAAGAGUGAUUGCCAUGAUGAAGAAAUCAGUGUCAAUCUAUUGCCUAAUAGAUUAGAAGGAGACAUGGAAAUGCCUGAUCAUACAGCGGUGCCUUAUCCCAAAAAUUUGACUCUAAUCAAAUUGUUUGCAAGAAGUGUUGUUAUAGGCUGGGAGUCACCACUCAUGCCAGCUGGCUGGGGAGAUGUGCAGAGCUAUAACAUAUAUGUAGAUACAGAACUUUGCCAAAAUGUGAGGUCUGGUUGUCAGGCUCAAGCAGCAAUUGAGAAUCUGGAUUUAAAGAUUAAGGCAUAUCGGAUCUCGGUACAAAGUGUGACAGAGAAGGGAAACUCGGAUAAGAUGCAAUGUACCUUCCUUGUAGGGCAAGGUUUCCAUAUAGCACCAGCACUUCUGAAACUUAGGAGCAUCACUGCCACUUCAGCAGAGAUCACCUGGUUACCAAGCAGUAGCAACUACACUCAUGCAGUGUACCUUAAUGAGAAGGAGUGUGAUGUGACAAAGGCAGGGAUCUACUGGUACACUUUCCAUAACCUGCAACCCAACACUCAAUACAAUGCAAAAGUGGAAACACAGCCUCAGAAGAUGUUAUGGGAUUUGCCUCAAGAGAAAUGGGAGCAGAAAUCAGCAAUGAUUAAGUUCAUUACUCCAUCAGCGGGACCACCUGAUGCUCCACUUGAUGUCCAAGUACAGCCUGAUCCCUUAGCGGGCAUUCUAGUUAUCAGCUGGCUACCAGUGACAAUUGAUGCAGCAGGAUCAUCCAAUGGGGUACGAGUUACUGGUUAUGCUGUGUAUGUCAAUGGACAAAGAGUAACAGAAGUUAUAUCUCCAACAGCUGGGAGUGCCAUAGUAGAACUGUCCCAGUUAGAGAUGCUACAAGGGUCUCAGAAGGUUUCUGUGAGAACUGUCUCCCCCAGUGGAGAGUCAGUUGAUUCUGUGCCAGCUCUGAUUCCCUCAGCCAUGUUGAAUGUUCCCAGUUGUUGUUCAUCAUCAAAGUCUAUGUCUACCAGCCUGACCUCUGAAUUACCCUAUGGGGAAUUCAUAGACUCUCAGCAUGUGAAAAUCCCUUUGAUGCAUUGCACAUCUUCACCCUCUUCAGAGAUGUUCAUGGCCAGUCAGGAUAACAAAUUCACCAUUCACUUCACCUCCAACUGUGGAGACUCAGUAGCUUCUCUGCCAGCAAGCAUCCCCCCACACCAGUUGUUCUCCUCUCAGAGUUCUUCCUUGAUACAUGAGCUUGCAAUGUGCAACAUUGGUGAUAACAUAGGAAGAGAUGAAGAUGAUAAAUGUUUAAAGUCUUAUCAGCAGACAGGAGUCAGUGUGCAGCCUUCAGGCCUUGUCUUUCCAACUAGAUGGUGUGAAGAAUCAGUCAAUUCCAGGAUGUCAGCAUUAAAAGAACUUGCUGAAGACAGCCAGAGAAAGAGGAUAAAAAAGCUCUUUGUUACUAAAAAAGCUGUGCUUGAAAAUCAAACGGACACUAGCAACAUGAAAAUGUCUGUGAUCACCCACUCUGUGCACUCUGACGACAAGUCUGUGAAAGAUUCAACCACUCAAGAUAUUGAGGGAUAUGAUGAGAGCUGUUUGAGUUCUGGGCCUCAGCUGUGUUCUAGUCAGCUUGAAUUGGAGGACAGUUACAGAGACAUAGGUAUACCCAAUAUCUGUGUUCAGGAAGUCCCAUAUAUUUCCAUGGAGAAGAAACAGAUGAAAGAAUUAUCCAAAGAAGUCCCCAGCCUAGGGAUGUCUAGAGGUGAAAUACAGGAAGACCAAACAUCAAGAAUAGGACACUGGCAAUUGAAUCCUGUUGGUGACCACAGCCACAGUUCAGAUCUUUCAGAUAUUUUGGAAGAGGAAGAAGAGGACCUGGAUUUAGACAUGCAGGAAGAGAAUAGAAUAAAGGUGGUUGGUAAUGAUUCCAGGCUAUCAGAGCUUCCAGAGUUUCCCAUGCAGUGGGCUCAAAACAGAAAAAUGAGCAAGACUUUAAGAAUAGGCCAAGCAGGGACAUCUUCAUUUUCCAAAGCAGGCCCUCUGAGAAGCUUCAUCUCAGAGGAAAUAGUUAAUGAUGAUUCAGUAAGGAUAUUUGUGGCCCUUUUUGACUACGAUCCCAUAUCUAUGUCACCUAAUCUUGAUGCAGCUGAAGAGGAGCUCCCAUUUAAAAAGGGGCAGAUUCUAAAGGUGGUUGGUGAUAAAGAUGCUGAUGGCUUUUACAGAGGUGAAUAUGCAGGAAGGGUAGGGUAUAUUCCCUAUAAUAUGGUGUCUGAAGUGCAGGUGGAGAGUAAUGAAAUGAAACAGCACCUGUUAAAACAAGGUUCCAUUACUGAUGAAAAAUCUGCGAUCAACUUAGUGGAGGUGGAUACAAAGAAUAACAAUAAGUCGCACACGGAACAUAGCUGGCAGGAUAGCAAGGCUGAACAGCUUACUUCUAAGACAAUGGUGGCUGUCUUUGACUACAACCCAAGGGAGAACUCAUUACAUGUAGAUGUGGAAAGUGAGCUGACAUUUAAUGCUGGAGACAUCAUUACAGUAUUUGGGUCUGUGGAUGAUGAUGGAUUCUACUAUGGGGAGUUAAAUGGACAGAGAGGCCUUAUCCCAUCUGACUUUGUAAAAGCUAUCUCUGGGGAUGAAGAGUAAAAGAGGAUUCAUUUAAAAGACACCUCUGCAGAGAGUUAUAGAAGAAGGAAAAGAAUCUGAUAUAUCAAUUAAAAAAAAGCACAAAAUAUAGAUGAAAAAUUUAAUCUUUAGCGAGGUCUAGCAUUAAAAACUAUCCAUGAAAAUGCCUCCUACAAAAUGUAUAUUUUUAAGAAUUGAACAGCUAGACAAUUCAUAUGUACUUGAAUCUCUGCUCAUAUGAGAAUAAUAGUAUGAACUAUUUGCAGAAGGCUCCAAAUAGAUUUUUAGUUGUAAAACAAACAGGGUAACUUUAAAUUUGUUACUAAGACUUGUAAGAAAGUUAGAAGUGAAUUUUAAAUAUUUUCCUGUAGGGAUUAUGAAAAGAGUGCUUUGCAGAGAUAAAAGUGAAUUUCACAUACAGUUUAAAACAUUGUACGGCCUUAAUCUUUUUUUCUUUUUAAUGGAGGAGAUGUAUAUGUUUUCUCUAUGUUGGUACUUAAUGGAUCAACUUCUACCACUUUCUACAGUACAUACAGUAAUGGUGUGCAAUGGCUGUUAAAAGCAUGCCAGAUAGUAUUUUUCUUAAGGAGUAGGUGAACUUCGACUACUUUUUAGCAUGUCUUUCUCUACACAAAUAACUGAUUCAUUAGCCCCCUUCUCCUCUUCUUCACUGAGAGUUGCCGUUCAAAGAGAGAAAGAUGUUCCAAAUGUGUAGAAUGCUACAGUGCAUGUGGGCAGAAUGUUCCAAUAGCUGACACAGAGCAAAACAAAAAUAUUUAAGGGUAGAUACCUACCUAGUACAGUGUCCAAAUGAUUUCCAGCUCUGAAUUGAAUAUAAACCCUGUUUCAUUCUAGAUUUUGAUUUUAAGGAAGACAUUGGUUUCCCUCUAGCCAGUUGCUCCCAUUAAAGCUUGUAUUAUCCAGGAGAAACUUAACAGCUGCAUGUGCUUUAAUACUGUGGUGUCUUUGUGUGAUUUACACUGAAAUUUCUCUUUCCCAUUUCUGAGUGGGAGGUCUGUAAUACUUCAACGUUUGUUGAAAAGAAUAUGCCCUCUCCGGCUGCCAUUGAAGUCAGUAGGAGUUUUUCAGUUGACUUCAAGGAGAGCUGGAUUGUGUCCACUGGUUGCACUUCAUUGUCUCAUAUCUCAGGGGUUACUAACAUAGGCAUCUGUCCUAUAAAUAUUCAUUUGUGCCUAGGAUCACAUAAGGCAUGCUCCACAUAGGAGUCAAUACCAGAAGCAUUCUUGCACGAAGGGCUGUGUUAAAUAGCUUUUGCACACUGCAAGGCUUACAUUUGCUGCAGAGAAUACUCAUUCCAAUGACAGGCUUUAAGAGGAAGGAUUCUGUUGGGUUAAUGUUAGGUUCCCAAUCUGAAGAUGACUCCAUUCAGGUACAGGAGUCCGCUUGCACAAACUUGCUCUCAGGAACAGGGUAUCCUUUUGUGCAGUUUGUAUUGAAAAUGGAGGGGUCGGUUUCUGUCCUUUAACUUAUUUAAAUAUUUUACUUCACUUAUUUAUGGAGAUAUUAAACUGUUUUACUUGUUUACUUAUUUAAAAAUUUAUUUGUUUACAUAUCUAAAUACUUGUUUUACUAUUGUAUGAUUCAGAGUAUGACUACAGAAGCUAUGAAGAGUGACUCAAAGCUCUUGAAGUAGGAUCAAAGCUGUAUAUGUAGAUGAGUUUGAAAACAGGAGAGUUUGCAGAUGUAUUCUUUGUGUUAUGAUGUUACUUGUUAGACCUAUGGGAAGUUUCUGUCUUUUAUACCAAUGUUAAUUUUCUUGCAUAUUUCACUUUAAUUGUCUUAAGAAAGCAAUUUGUUUCAUUUUGAAAUUUCAGUUUUAAAAGUGAUAUCCAUAGGUGCUGGUGAUACAUUUUUAUUUAAAAAAAAAUUAUAAUAAAGCUUAUUUAUUAUU